AUGGCUGUUCGCAACUCCUUGAUCGGCAAUGGCUUUCAUUUGCCUUGCGUCAUGUGCCUCAUGUGCAUGCUGAUUGCAGUUUGCGAGGCCAAGCCUGUAGUUUCUCGGUUUUGCCCCAGCGACCAACUUGCCAGCAAAGUGCAGCGCAGCUUGUGGGAGCCGGGUUUUCUUGAGACCUUUCCGUUGCGCUUACAGUUUGAUCGCGUGUACAUUCCGGAGUCGGUUUGGACGAAAGUCUCCCGCAAUCUCACUCAGUGCAAUCUUUGGCUGCCUCAGGCGUUCUUCGCUUUUCAACGAGGCCGAGGUAAGCCUUGGGAGGUGUUGCCUCCUGUGCCACUUCGGGCACGCGACCGUGCGCAGAUUUUUGCAGGCAACUCAGGGCAAAGAUAUGCUUCGGAUACCAGUAAGGGCUUGGAUCACCUCCUGAAGCCGGGGCUGGGCAAGGACAAGGAGGGCCACAUGGCCCAGGCCAUGGAAUUGCAGUCGUCAUCUGCCGCGCAAUCGGGGGAGGUGGGCAUGAGAUUUGGUGUGGGCCAUGGAUACAUGCUCGCCGGCCUGCGAUUGGCUCUGCUUGAGACUUGGCACCGACGAUUACCGGAUGCUUAUAGGGGCCACCCAGUUGAUGAGCAGCACCUCCGCUAUAGUGUCGUGGCCAUCUGGGUGCCGAAAGAAGGCUGGAAGUUUACCAUCUUGUGGGGCUUAGCCUACGGCCUGGAGGCUGCUGUUGUGGCUUUCAACCGGAUGCCCAUUUUGGGCAUCGCUGCGUGCCGCCGCAUGGUUUCUUCUGCAGCUGCUGCUUACUUUGAUGAUGAGUUGUCUCUUGAGUUCAUUCGAGAUACCGAUGUUUCCCAGUCAGGCUUACACUUGGUUUUCGGAUUAAUGGGCAGCCCGCCCCAAGCUCAGAAACGUUUUUGGGCCGCUGCCGAUCGUUGCUAUUUGGGCGCAUCCGUUCACGUUGGCUUGGCUCACAGCCAUGGCAUCGUUCGAGUGCAACCCAAAGCAUCUUCCAUUUACAAGGUCCGCGACAAGAUUGACCGGGCCUUGGCCAUGCGACAGUUGGCCCGUGACGACGCUGGCAAGCUGAGAGGUGACAUUCAGUGGCUCUUCGCUUGCUGCACAGGCUCUGCUGCCAAGUUUGCGGGCCCGCUGCUUCACAGAUGCCAGUAUGGCGAUGAUCCUUCCCUUGGCGAAAGGGACUUGCUGGUGCUUCCAGCCUUGCGGGCCUUGGCCUGCCAAGCGCCUCCUCGGGAUAUCAAUUUCUGGGCAAGCCACUCACCCUGCACGCUCAUCUACUCUGAUGCCUCCUUCGAGCAGAAUCAGUUAAGACUUGGCUGGGUAAUUUUUGCACCGCCGCCUCUGCGACCACAUGGUGGCAACUGCUCCGUGCCCCAGGCUGUUUUGCAGGAGUGGACCCCGCGAAAACAGCAGAUCUUUCCUGGCGAGGCGCUUUGCUUGUUGGUUCUUCCGCUUCUGUACCCGGACCUCUUUAGGGGUCAGGAUACACUGUGGUUCAUAGACAACCAGGUGGCAGUGGCGGCUGCUGUUAAGGCCUCGUCUUCUGAGGAGGAUGUCUUCGAGAUUGCCCACAUGUCGAGUGUGCUCCGUGGCAGGCUGGCUAACAGACGCUGGUUUGAAUGGGUGAACUCAGACUCCAAUCCCAGCGACGGCCUUUUUAGAGAAGGCGUUGAGGACUGCUGGUCGCAAAGGCCGUGUACAGAUCCCAGAUCCGCAGCGAUCUUUUGA